UUAAUCAUAAAAAUGUAAUUGGGAUAAUUAUUCUAGAUCAUUAGUUGUAAAAUACAGUGAUUCAUUUAUCUGUGUGACACUUUUUGGAUGUGUUUUGACGAAAACAUCCUAUAAAAUUAGGAAUUUCUGGUCAAAAUAGAGAACUACAUAUUUCUUCAGCCAUAAUUAAGAUAUUGGUAAUAUAUUCGAUUUUGGAAUAUCGAUACUUCCGAUAACAUAACCGAUAACUAAAACUUCCGGCGUGUUUAAAACAUAGCGGGACUUUCAUAUUUAGAAACUUGUGUUUUGACCAACUGCUCUUGACUCUUGAAAAAUGUCCUAUUGCGAGUUAGGUACUUGCCCGUACGACAAAACCCACCGCAUAAUGAUCUUCCGGAUGCCCAAGCACAUCGUCAAGUGCGCGAAGAACUACCGUGGACCGCCGCUACAGACCUGCAAGUACAACGCCGCGCACCGCGUUCUCGACAUGGAGGAGCACCUGAAGGAGUGUGACUACUAUCUUCGCAGCAUCGACGACCAGGCCGUGCAGAUAGCGCUCAGUACUCGCAUUCCGCCCGUUCAGGAAAAUGGACAUGAUGUGGAUACACCACUUUAGGCUAACACAUUCAGACACUUCUACAUAUACUACUACAUGCUAUAUGAACCAUAAAAAGCUUCUUGAAGAAGCACAUGGAGAAAUGUUUACACACAGUAUUCGUUUGAUUGCAUUUAUGUUAUGAUUAAAAUACACAAAUUGCGUUGUGAAUCUAAAACUAGAAAA